GGAGGGAGGGAGUGAAAGAGAGGAAGUCCACACAAGUUUGUUUUACAGGACUCAGCUCGGGCCGGGACUAGGCACAGUGCCGCAUCUGGAGGUCGGAGCAGCAGGAAAGUGAAGCCAACGGGUGCAGCCGAGCAAGAGGAGCUGCCCAGAGGUUUUCCUACGGCCAGGACACACUGACAGAGACAGGAAAGGGGGCUCAGUGGUCCACUGGGCCAACACACAAAUAUGGCUGCUAAAUCUCUGUCCUGCCUUUGCCUUCUUUGCAUCCUCUCAGUGAUUGCCUAUCCAGCUUCUGCCGCCAGGCUCGGGGAACAGCAACAGUCACAGCUGAAAGACUGUGCCAAGGGAUUUUUCCUCAGUGAGCGAAACAUAUGCUUACCAUGUAACUGUAAAGGCCAUGCUGACUCCUGUGAAGACAUCACUGGCAUUUGUAUAGACUGCAGGGACCACAGUACAGGCGAUUUCUGUGAAAUGUGUGAAGAUGGUCACAUGCUGAGGCCCAGCGUGGAUAGACAACACACCUGCCGACCUUGCGCCUGUCCCCUCUCAGUCCCCUCCAACAACUUCGCAGUGCGCUGUGACAGAGGAAGUGGCAUUCUGCGGUGCAAGUGCCAAGAGGGCCACGCCGGACAUUCAUGUGAGAGGUGUGCACCAGGUUACUAUGGCAACCCCAUGGAGAUUGGUAACUCCUGUAAGAGGUGCGACUGCAAUGGUAAUUCCGACCCCAACCUGAUUUUCAAUGAGUGCCACAACAUGACAGGCCACUGCCAACACUGCUGGGGAAACACCGCCGGGGCCAACUGUGAGAGGUGCACUCCAGGUUUCUACGGCGACGCCAUCAGUGCCAAGAGCUGCAGAGCGUGCUUGUGCAAUAAAUGUGGCACCUCCUCAUGCGACGACAGGACAGGAGUGUGUCACUGCAAACCAGGUGUCACAGGUCGACUCUGUGACCAGUGUGAGGAGGGCUACUCAGGUUUCUCCAGCUGUCAGGGCUGUCGGAGGUGUGAAUGUGGGCCAGCUUCCAUUCGCUCCACCUGCCAUCCUCUCACCCACAGCUGUCCGUGCCGCCCGGGGGCUGGCGGGCGUUACUGCGAGCGCUGCCUCCCAGGUCACUGGGACUACAGCCCCUCCGGCUGCCAGAAGUGCGACUGUGAGAGCGGACACUGUGAUAUGCACACGGGAGAGUGCCUGUCAGAGGCUGCAACAGUGAACCUGUGCAACAUCAAAUGUGAUGAGUGCAUUUGGCAUCUGAUCGGGGACUUACGUGUGUCAAAUAAGACACUGGAUCAGCUGAAGGUUGGAGUGUUGAACAUCUCCACUGGAGCUGCUGCUAACGACAGGCUCAAAUUCUACAACUACACAGCACAUCGAUUGCAGGCUCAGUUUCAAGGCUGGAGAAACAAGUCAUCUGCAAUGAAGGCACAGACUGGGGAGCUGGAGGAGGCCACAGACGCUGUGGUGUUAGAAAUCAAACAGCUGGGAGAAUCGGAGCUUGUGGUGACGACUUUGUGGAAGAGGCUUGAUAAUGAAACGCUAGAGACCCUAACCCUGGCCGACCAGCUCAGUACAAACCUCACUGACCUCAACAUUCGCAUUGAAGAGAUGAUCCAAGACUGGGAGCUGUACAGUGUUCAGCAGGAUGUGGACCCAGAGGUGGUCAGACGCAACACAGACAAGGCCCGGGUAAUGUUGACCAGGAUGAGGAAACUGGACCUGUCCCCACGAGAGCCUGUUGCCACCGACGAGUCGACUGAGGCUCAUGACUUGCUGAGGCGUAUCCGUCAGUUGGAGAAGAAGCUGAUGAUCACAGAAGGCCGACUCUCCCCUGUCAGGGAGAUCCUGUCCCGCUUCUCCACCAAGCUAUCGGACGCGCAGACCUCUCUCCAGAAGGCAGCUGGCGACGUGCAGGACACGGAGGACAUGAACAAAGCCAACGUCCUCAAAUUCCAGAGGAGCGAGACGAAGCAGCUGCUGCUGACAGAGGACCAGACUUCUGUCAAUGACACACUGGAAGCAGCCAGAGUUACCAUCUCUGACACGGAAAGGACUGUGGCUGAGGUGGAUGCUAUGGUGCAGAAUGUGACUGAGUACCAUGCAGCGAUCGAUGGCGCCAGCCAAAUGCUGACAGAGAAGACGCAGAAUCUCUCUCUGGCUGACAGAGAUCUGGUUCAGAGGGCAGACGAUCACGCCAAGGAGCUUGAGGAACAGGCCAAUGAACUGGAGGAGGAUCUGAGAGCGAGCGAUGCCAACGGCUUUGUACAGAGAGCCAUAAGUGCUGCCAACGUCUACAACAACAUUGUGAAAUACAUUGACGAUGCAAAUAUCACCUCACUCACAACCUUCAACUUAUCACAAAGAGCUGAAGAUGUUGUCGCAGUGAUCAACACUCAGCUCGGACUCCUUGUAACACAGAGUGACAAUGUUUUCAAGGAAUCUGUGUCAUUACACUCAGAACAAUCUGAGGUUGAAACUGAGGUGAUUGACAAGCUUAAAUACAUUGAGGAGACCAAAGAAACCAUGGAUAAGAACACCAAAAAGCUUGCAGACAUAGUGCAGGAUAUCGGUGGAAUUCAGAGAGACGGAACACCACAGCGGCUGGAGUUCACACUGGAGGUGGCCGAGGGGACGCUCAACCACUCAGCAGAGGUCCUUCAAACCAUCACGCCCAUAAGCAGCAAGGUUGAGGAAUGGGCCAAAAACAUGAGAAACAAUGAAUACUCUGCAUCUGCUUAUGAAGAGGCUGUUUCCUCUGCCGGAGAAACAGUGGAGACCCUGAACGUGCUUGUUCCCGAGCUGCUGAACAAACUGAGGGUGGUUGAGGAGAAGAAGCCUGUCAACAACGUGACCACCAACAUCAUGAGGAUCAGAGAGCUCAUAGCCCAGGCCAGGAGCGUGGCCAAGAAAGUCCAAGUGUCCAUGAAGUUCAACGGCCAGUCCUCGGUGGAGGUCCACCCUCCCAGUAACGUGGAAGAACUGAAGACAGUGACAACAAUCAGCUUGUUCAUGAGAGUGGACCCUGACAAGGAUCCCAUUGAGGAUCGUUUCAUCCUUUACCUGGGAGACAGACAUGGUAAGAAAGACUACAUGGGUCUGGCUAUCAAGAACGACAACCUGGUGUACGUGUACAACCUCGGGGGUGAAGAUGUUGAGAUCCCGCUGAGUUCAAAGCCUGUCAGCCAAUGGCCUGCAGUCUUCAACUACAUCAAAGUAGAGAGGCUAGGCAGACAUGGAAAAGUCUUUCUGACCGUCCCCAGUCAGAGCUCCACAGACGAGCAGAAGUUCAUCCAGAAAGGCGAGGCUCCAGGCACAGACUCAAUGUUUGACAUUGAGCCCAAGGAUAUAGUGUUCUUUGUUGGUGGUGUCCCACCAGAUGUCAAGCUUCCUCCUCCUCUGAGUCUCGCUCCUUUUGUGGGCUGCAUCGAGUUGGCCUCGCUCAACAAUGAUGUGAUCAGUCUGUACAAUUUCAAGGCGACUCACAAAAUGGAUGAGGUGACAUCAUCACCAUGCCCCAGGUACAAGUUGGCAUUCUCACAGAGUCGCAUCGCCAGCUAUCUAUUUGAUGGAACAGGCUACGCUCUGAUCAACAAUAUUGAGAGGAGGGGCAAAUUUGGUGUUGUUACGAGAUUUGAUAUUGCAGUGCGAACAGUUGCAAACAAUGGCGUCCUUUUCGUCAUGGUCAAUGAGGACAAAUACUUCCUUUUGGAAAUGAAGAAUGGCUUUCUGCGUCUAAUGUAUGACUUCGGCUUCACCAAUGGACCAAGGGUUUUGGAGGAUAAUUUACCAAAACUGCAAAUAAAUGACGCACGAUACCAUGAGUUGUCAGUCAUCUACCAUCAGUCAAAGAAGGUGAUCUUGCUCGUGGACAAAAGCCAUGUUAAAUCGUUGGAGAAUCCAAAAACCACACUGCCGUUCUCAGAUAUAUACAUCGGUGGGGCUCCAUCAAGCAUCCUCAAAUCCAGGCCAGAGCUGUCGGCUGUAGUCGGCCUUAAAGGCUGUGUGAAAGGUUUCCAGUUCCAGAAAAAAGACUUCAACCUGCUCGAGGAGCCUGGAACCAUUGGCAUCAGCAGUGGCUGCCCGGAGGAGUCCUUUAUGUCCCAUAAAGCCUAUUUCACUGGAGAGAGCUACCUGGGAUCCACAGGAAAGAUUUCACCCUGCGACAGCUUUGAGGGAGGACUCAACUUCAGAACACUUCAGCCCAGCGGACUUCUGUUCUACCACAGUGAAGGGUCUGAUGAGUUCAGCAUCUCCCUGGAGAAUGGAGCAGUGGUGAUGAACACCAGAGGCACAAGAGUCAAAUCCCACAAGAAACAAUACAGUGACGGAAGGACACACUUCUUAGUGGCCUCAGUGAACAAUCAGAAGUAUUCUCUGUUGGUGGAUGACAAAGACAAGCAGGAGAAGAAACGUCCAUCAUCAGCCACAAGACCCUCAUCAGGCUCUGCUGUAAAGACCUUCUACUACGGAGGGUCUCCAAGCAGCAGCUUCAAGAACUUCACAGGCUGCAUCAGUUAUGCCUACAUCAACAGACAAGACCGGGACAUUGAGCCUGAGGACUUCCAGCGGUACACAGAGAAGGUGCAGACCUCCCUGCAGGACUGUCCAGUCCAGCGCCCCCCUGCUGCUCUGCUGUCAAGGCAGAGGGUAAUCUCCAGGGCCAAACAUGGCCAGUCGCAGAAGGUUACCAGGGAUAAGUCCAGCCUCCCUCUAGGGCUGAUGGAACUGAAGAGUGAUGACCAGGAGCCAUCUGAGCUGAACAUUGAGCCCUGCUACCUCUCCUCAAGUCCCAGAGCAUCUCACCAAGCCUUCCACUACGGUGGCAUCGCAAACAGCAGACAGCACUUCACAGAUCUCCCAGACUCCCUUUCAGAGAGGUCCCACUUCUCCUUGUCCCUGAAGACUUACUCAUCCUUUGGGCUCAUCUUUUAUGUAUCUGAUGUCCAAGAGGACAAUUUCAUGGCUCUCUUCUUGGCCCAAGGGAAGCUGGUAUACACCUUCAACGCAGCAGAGCAGAGAGUCAAAAUCAAGAGUGAGGAGAAAUACAAUGAUGGUGCAUGGCACAAUGUUAUUUUUAUCCGUGAUGGGAGUGUGGGGCGGUUAAUAAUUGAUGGGCUCACAGUCCUGGAGGACAGAGUACAGGAAAGCAACAUCUCCUGGCAUGUCAACAGUCCCCUCUAUGUCGGAGGAGUUCCUCCUGGGAGAGCUCUGAAGAAUGUUCAGAGAAACUCGGCAUACAGCUUCACCGGCUGUUUGAAGAACCUUCAGCUGGAUGGAGUGUGGCUGCCCUCUGUGACAGAGACGUUUGGUGUCACUCCUUGCUUUGACGGACUCUCUGAGGCAGGAACAUACUUCUCAGAGGAAGGAGGAUACAUUGUGCUAGAUGACUCUUUUAACCUGGGGAUGAAGUUUGAGCUGGUGAUGGAGGUGCGCCCCCGUGUGGCGUCUGCGGUGCUAAUGCAUUUGUUCACAGCCGAUGGCUUUAUUACCAUAUACACUCAUCAAGGAGCAGUUGAGGUUCUUGUCAACGAUGGAGCCCAUGAGUUCUCCACAAAGGUGUCUCCAGAACAAGGUCUGUGUGCUGGUAACUGGCACAGAAUUACAGUGAUCCGAGAUGCCAAUGUUGUCCAGCUGGAUGUGGACUCUGAGAUCAGCCACGUGGUGGGACCUCUGAAUGCCAGCUCCACGGACAAUACAAGGCCAGUGUUCAUAGGUGGAGCUCCAGAUCUGUUCCUUCCAGAGAGCCUUCCCACCAGAAAGCCCUACAUUGGCUGCAUGAGGAACCUGACCAUCAACAACAGCCCAGUGAGCUUGAGCAAAGCGUCCGUGGUCAGUGGAGCUGUCAGCGUGGGAACCUGCCCAGCAGCAUAAAAGAUAACAUUGUCAAUGCCAUCAAUAUCCCCAGUAGAGCAAUGACCAAACACAUGUCUCUUUCUGUUAAAAAUAACCAUUAAGACAAGUACUGUCAUUCUUUUCAGUCAGAUUUUUUCUUUGUGUAUGUCUUGAAUUUGUUUAUACAGGGAAUUGUCCCACUUAUGACCAAAUCCUCCAAAUGUAAUCAUGGAAGAACAACAUCCAUAAAUCGGUCAUCUCUGUAGGAUCAGGAUCAGAACCUUCCUCAGUGAUCCACUGUGUGUCAAUGGUUUAGGCUUUUAUUGUUUUUACAGUCUGAAAGACACAUUUGAUGAUGUGACAUUUUAUGGUCGACGACCCAACUUUAUAAUUGGCACAUUUUUAUACGAGCUAAAAACCUUCACAGUUUUUUAGUUUUAUCUCUGAUUGAAUAAAUAAUGUGUAACAUCCAA